UCUGCGAUCCUAACCUCGAAUAAUUGUCGAAAUGAAAUCGACUUGUAGUUUGAAGACGAUUGUGAUGUAAUUGUCCGCAAACAUGGGCAACGACCAGUCGGAUCAACGCGGCGUCGAGGUUACGGGCAAACCGAUCCAAACGACCAACUUUUGGUCGCAUCAUGUCGGGGUUUUGCCCGUCGACGCGGCGAACUUGUCGAUAUUUAUAGGCGAUUCGAUAGUCCCAGAAGCGUGUUGGACCGACGACUCGCCCCUGAAAAGGAAUGGCAAGAACCUGAUGAUCUACCGACACCCCUGCAUAUUGAAAUACGUCUCGUCCUGGCAAAGGAUGUCGAAAUUUUACCUGGCGACGGAGGAGGCGGCGCCGCUCGCGCAGUCGCUACCGUCCCUCACCCAGUUGGAAAUAUGCGUCGGGUUGCAUUCCGUUUUGAAAGCGUUGUGCUUUUUGCACCGGCAAGCGAACGUUUCCCACAAUAACGUUUGCGUGGCUUCCGUUUACGUCGCCAAAGAUCGCACUUGGAAACUGGGCGGUAUGGAAUACGCGUGUCGCUACAAAGAACUGACCUCGGACUACUUGGUUAAAACUCAGUCGAGCCGGUACGGCAAAGCUCGCGACGCUAACGAGGUUAAGUACGUCGGCGGGUGCAAGGGACGCGAGGAUUUCAUCGACGCCUACGCCUUCGCCACUUUGGCGACGGAGCUGCUGAGUUCAAAAGUCGAGGGUACCACAGCUGCAUUGGACAGUUUCAAGGACCUGUGCAAGGCCGUGCUUCAUACGGCCGACUUGGCCGACAGACCCGGCCUGCACGCGAUCAUAGGCCACGAGUUUUUUAAAAACAAAUUCCUCGCGAUUCACUCUUUCCUCGUCGAGUUGCCAUUGAAAAGCGAAACGGAGAAGAACGAAUUCUUCGUCGCGUUGGCCGAGGAACUGAAAAGAUUCGACGAGGAAGUAGUCGCGAGACACCUGGGCGGCCUGUUGCUCUCGAGGAUGGUGUUUCUGGACAAGACCGCGGAAAAACACCUCCUGCCGAGAGUCCUGCGCAUAGCCGACGGGUUAUUUUCGAAAGCGGUUUUCGUAGAAUAUAUAGCGCAGAAAAUACUCCGGAUCAUGACCGUGAGGGACCUGCAGAUCCGGUCCGUGUUGCUGACUUAUUUUUCGGGGUUUGUGGACGCCUUCUCCGAAGCGGAGCUGGAAACUCGCGUUCUGCCGGAGCUGCUGGUGGGUAUUAAAGACACCAACGGCGAGUUGGUGGCGGCGACGCUGCGCGCCCUCGCCGACCUGGUGCCCGUGUUGGGCGCUGACGUGGUGAUCGGAGGCCAAAGGGCGCGACUCUUCAACGACGGCCGACCCGUCACCCGUAAGGGUUCCAAGCCGGUCGACACCCAACAGGUCGAGGUGCAGAUCGAAGAAAACCAACCGAGUCUGAGUAACUCGAUCGUGUCGACGCAGAUGGCGCUGCAGGAGAGAUCGAGACCCGACGGCGAAGAGGGCGAAUCCUCAACGGAGGAGACGUUCGACGACGAAGAUUUGGGCAACUGGGAGGAGUGGACCAACGCGGAGGACGAGGAGGGGGGGACGCGGUGCCACGCGCAGCCGCCAAAAAAAUUGCCGGACAUCACCAAGCUGGACAUAAAAAAUCAAGAGGGGUCGGGUUUGGGCGGCGAGGAGGUCGAUUUUUUUCAGGACAUGGAGCCCGUCAUCGAGACGAAGGGUAAGUUCGUCGUCGACCACGUGACCGAAGGCGGUUACGUCAGCAAGCUGAGGGUGACUGCGGACGACGGAAACGAGGACGGUUGGGGUAACGACGAGUGGACUUAAAUCGGGAAGUGUCAGUCGUGUAAAUAUCGUUAAUUUCGUGUAAGUAAUAAAAUCUCGAAAGAUUUUUUCGCCUAAACACGAUACGCUUCCCCCCCCACACUUCGGGGCCCGCUAGGCGAUGACGUCACCGACCGACCCACGCGCAUUUACA